GAUUUAAUUUUUAACUUACAAUAAUAUAUUAUAAUUGUGGUGUGUGUAAUGUGCAUAUUCUAUGAAAACAUUUUGUAACGGUGUAACAAUUAAAUUCCAAAGAUGAUGUUUUAUUGUUUUAUAUAAUAUCUUUAUUAACUACAGCAUUCUUGUUUUAAUAAUUAUUGCAUACAAUCAUCUUGUGUGAUAUUUGCAUGAUUACUAAUCAGUACUCACCAUAAUCUGAUAUUCUUUAUACGCGUCUUUUCUUCUAUACAUAUUUUAAAAGCAGUAAGAUAGACUAGUUGUUUGAUGAGAAACGUUACUAUGUUUUAUUUUUAUAUUUUUUACGAAAUAUAAUACAAUUGUACCUAUUUAUAAGAGCUGGGAAAUAAUUGUCACAUUUCAAAUUGAUACCUAUUUAUAGUUAUUAAGUUCAAACACCAUUCGAUGGUGUAUAUCAUCUGACAAAAUAAAAAUUCUGACAUUUCUGAAACUCCUUAACAUUCAGAGAUUAAAUAAUCUUAAUUCACAAAAUAUUUUUAACAUAUUUAAUGCAUAAUUAAUAAUUCCUUAUUUCAGGAUCCGGCAUUUUGUGUGACAGAAAAUAUGAUGAUUCUUGCUCAAUAAACGACGAAGAUAAGUUCUAUUGUUCGAAUGGACUGUGUAUCAAAUCAUCGUGGGUUUGUAAUGGUCAUAAGGAUUGUUCAGAUGGUUCAGACGAGAACAAAGAGUUGUGUGCUCUAUAUGGAUAUGGAACAAAUAUGUCCCUCAUGAAAUGCGGUAGUGUAAAUAUAAAAAACCAAGUGAUACUCGAAAAAGAUAUUGCAAUAGUUGGAACGGGAACUUGGAAUGUUGGAAUAUAUAGAUUAAAUGAAGAAAAUUCCAAUUAUGACUUGAUUUGUGGAGGGUCAAUAAUUUCUCCAAAUUUAGUUGUUUCUGCGGCUCACUGUUUUUGGCAAAAAGGUAUGUUAUCUAAGAGAAUAUCAAUAAACGAUGAUUCAUACAAAGUUUCUUUUGGAGAAUAUAGUAAAUAUGGUAGAAAUAUUACUGAUGUUGAUAUUGCUACUGAAAUGAUAUUUAACGACCCUAUUCAAAUUAUGAAUGUGUCUAUGAUUCACCUGAAUGAAGGUUAUAAUGGACCUACUGGUUUUCAUGCUGAAGAUAUAGCUGUUAUUGUGUUACAAGACAGAGUUUCUUUUAGUAAUGGUGUUUCACCUGCCUGUGUUGAUUGGAAUGGUGAAUAUAAUAUAGUCAAUGGAGAUCAAGGAAAGAUUGUUGGUUGGGGAUGUUCGGAAAAAGGUAUUUCAAGUCCAGUUUUAUUAGAAGCAUCAUUACCAUACAUCGACCAUGAUUCUUGCCGGAACAUGUAUACGAACGGAUUUGAAUCAUUUGUGACUGCUGAUAAAUUUUGUGCCGGUUCUGCAUCGGUUUCAGGACAAGGAGUAGGUAGAAGCAGGGUCGGAUUGGACAAAUUCGGCCCAUCGCACUUUACCAUCCCACUUACAAAGAGGCGGCCCUCGAUGAGCACGGCCCCUCCUGACUUGAACGGCCCAAAAUUAUCGCAGCAGUUCUACUCGGUAACUCGCCGGGGCAGUCCGGCCCUGGGUAGAAGUGGUGGCGGAGUUGGCAUAACAUUUUUACACGAUAAUUCUUAUUAUUUAACCGGAUUAGUUAGUGUCAACGAUCCAAAUAAUUCAAUCACAAUUUUUACAGACAUUAAAUAUCAUAUUCAUUGGAUUCGUGGAUUUUUCGACGUACAUAUUGGUCAGGGUAAAGUGAAUGUAUGCGUCUUACCAACUGUCAAAGGAGUUGUAUAUUCUUAUGAAGGUUCUAAUGAUAUUUUAUCUCACGGUACAUUGAUUAAUCAUCAUCGCACUGUUAUUGAGAACUGUGAAGUUGGAUAUCACAAGGCUUAUCCUUAUGGUUUAAGGGUUUGUCUUGAAAAAGGAAAAUGGUUAUCUACAAAUGAUAAAUUGUGUUUUGAAAUGUGCCCACCUCUAGAAUCAGAUAGUUUAGAUAUUAAGUGUAGUUAUAAUGGAGAGUAUGCUAAUUGUUCAAAUUUAUUGAUACCCAACACAACAGCAACAAUAUCAUGUAAGCCAACAUAUACUGCACCAAAUGGACAAGAUGCUGAUGAAUUACUUUGUCAGUCUAAUGGGACGUGGAAUAAAAAACUUUAUAGUUGCAACCCGUAUUGCGGUAGAGUAUAUAUCAAUAACCAAAUACUAAUUAACAAUGGUUAUAAAGCAAAUAUUGGAACAGCACCUUGGAAGUGUUGGAAUAUAUAAAUUAAAUAAAAAAAAUUCCAAUUAUGA